AUGGUCAAGAGAAAGGCCAAAGAUGUCGGAGAUGAAGUUCACGUAGCGCCUCGGAGAUCAAGUCGACAAAAAGUAAACAAUACUGAGAGCUUGAAAGAAAAGGCUACAACUUCAUCAACUUCGUAUCCCUCGGCACCGAAUACCAAGAAGGAGAUCAAAAAGCAGACGGCAAACAGAGAUUCUCAAAAAGAAGCAAAUGUUAACGGAGAAGUUACUGCACCAAAACCGACUGUUAGUUCUACCAAAUCCACAGAAUCUACCAACCUAUCUCUACCAAAUGGCACCAAAUCUACUACAACAGAAAUUCUCUCGGGCGAAUCCUCAUCAACUCGUCAAUAUUGGCUAAUGAAAGCUGAACCUGAAUCACGUAUCGAAAAAGGUCAUGAUAUUAAAUUCUCCAUCGAUGAUUUGGCAGCCAAAACUGAACCAGAGCCUUGGGAUGGAAUACGAGCAUAUCCAGCACGCAACAAUCUUCGUGCGAUGAAAAAGGGAGAUUUGGCCUUCUUUUAUCAUUCAUCAUGCAAAGUUCCUGCAAUUGUUGGAAUCAUGGAGAUUGUUGAAGAACAUUCUCCGGAUCUCUCAGCGCAUGAUCCUACGGCCCCGUACUACGAUCCCAAAUCGUCACCGGAUGAUCCCAAGUGGAGUGUCGUACACGUCGAAUUUCGCCAGAAACUAAAAACACCUAUCACGCUCAAGGAAAUCAAAGCUUGGUUUGAAGAAAAGGGAAAUGCAUUGAAUAAUAUGCAAAUGUUGAAGCUGGCACGGUUGAGUGUAAGCAAAGUAACUAGUGAUGAGUGGAGAUUCCUGGUAGGUGAAAUGGAGAAGAAUGGGGAUGUGAUUAAGGAAUAG